AUGUCUCGAGUUGCACAGCUCGACUCGAUAGCGCUUGAUAAAGAAUUGUAUGGACAGUUUUGGUCCGAGUUCAAUGCAGCAUUCAAUACGAGUGAACACAAAGAGGAAUGGGAGUUGGCACUGAACACAGUUGUGUUUAUGUGCGCGACGAGGUUCCUGCCACACUAUGGCUCUAGCUGUACGUAUGGAUCCGCACUCAGUGGCGUGGUUUUUCAGUGCAGGAAACGCACCUUGUAUGUCGUCACUGUCUUGGCAGGGUACGUGUGGAAGAAGAUCACACAUAUUAUUUUUAAUGGGCCGCACUGUGGGAACCAGAUGAUGUGGCUGAAGCUGUACAAAUGGGUUAAUUUAUUGUAUCACGGCUGUGAUGUAACCAACUUCCUGAGGUUUCUAGCAGCGGAAGGGCCCAAUGCGAGGGCGUUUUUGUCGCCGUUAUACCGGGCUUUUAAUGUCCAUUCCACAAGGUUGAUUCGGGAUGGUUCUGCAAUUGCCUCUGAAUUUUAUUCGAACUCUGUAUUCGCUGGGUUAGAAUACCAGAAUAGACAAUUGCUAUGGAAUGCACUAUUAGAACUCUUUUCCAAUACACUACUUACGAAAAGAGGACUCUUGACCUUUGUUAAAAAACCACCAAGGUCUCGUUCUACGACUACUUAUAAGACAGUUUGCCCCCGUUGCGGCGGUUUUCCAACCAACCCAUACCAGAUCGCUUGUUGUCGUGCGAACUACUGUUACGUGUGCGUUGUAAAGGCGUUGGAGUGGUCUAUGUGCGAUGCCUGUGGAUCCUCUGGGAGACUGACCGCCUCACCAGUGUACUAA